AUGGACGACUUGCUCAUGUACCUUAAUCGACAAGAAAAUAUUUCAACGGAUAUUCCUGUAACCGAACAGUCACUCAGUUUUUUGUUCACAGACGUCAUCGACUACAAUUUCGAUCUGUUACUAAGCCCAUCGUAUCAAUUAAAUUUUUCUAGCAACCCACUUUCUGCUGCCGAACCAUCUGAAAAUGAAGUCUUCAGUAUUCAAGACAACUGUCCUAACCUUGCGAACACGUCUCAUAUCAUCACACAAGCCAGUUCAAUUAACUUCUCGGAGACUACCGCGAAGCAAAGUACAACUCCUACACAGAGUUUGAGCAACAUUCAGAUGUUUGUUCAACCAAAACAAAAUCAACGACCCUGCUAUGCAUCAGAUUUCAAGGAUAAGCCUCCACGGUACAUUCGUGGGGUGCAUAAAGAACUCAAUCGAAAGACCUAUGAUUAUUCCGCUGUCAAAAUUCCAGACAACUAUCUCAAUUCUAAUCGGAUCUUCUACAUUCGUGUUUCGCUAGUGACAGUGGAGCUAGCAGACGGAAAUCGUUAUAUUCAUCCAUAUACUUUGCAAACGCCAAAUACUCCCGACUGGUUAGAUGAACGAAAGAAACACACAAGUGUGUAUUAUCCGAUCACGGAGACUUCUGUGGAUUCGAAUGGAGUGAUGGUAUUUAAUAAACUUGUGCUGAUCAAACGCAAACAAGAACAGCUAGAAAAGUAUGGAGAUUUAAUUUCACUUCAGACAGAUGAAGAAUGUCCAAAUACAGCGAAGCCAGAUCCGAAGCAAAUGAUAGCUGAUUAUCAACUGAAAAGGUCACAGUUAGCCUUCAGUGUGUACGAAGAUGUGGGUCAAAGUCAGUAUGAGCACAUUGAAACAAUAUUCUCCGACGUUAUGCAAGAAGGCAAAGAAGUACGACCAGAGAAAAGUCAACAGACUCGAACAACUAGUGUUACAUCUAUAUGCUAUGAUGAAUUCCGCAGUACAAAUAAGACAAGCGAUGUGAAUCAGUGGGAGUUUGUAGAAGGCAUAGUAGAGAAUGGUUGGGGCACUGGUCAGAAACAGUACUAUACAGUAAAUGUGGACAAAAAUGCACGAUUUGAUGAGAAGGGCCAUCUGAUAAUCGAAGCACGUAAAGAGGAGUACAGAGGAUGUGAAUAUACGUCUGCUCGAUUGAGAAGCAAACAAUCAUUUCGAUACGGUCGGUUUGAGAUCCGUGCUAAGUUACCUUCGAUAAGAGGAACAUGGUCUUCUUUUGUUCUCCGUCCUGCUGUACACACCUAUGGCCAUGCAAUGUGGCCAGAUAAUGGCGAAAUCAAUCUCAUGUCACAUCU